AUGUCGUUCAAGUUCUCGCCCUCGUUGGCCCCUUGGCUGGCGAGGCUAACUAUUCUUCUCGGUUUCGUCUCUCCGACCAUUCAGGGUACCAUUUCUGCGCGAGCCGGCACCAUCGACGACGUCUUCCACAUUAAGACAGGCACUGAGAAGGGUGGCUGUGAUGACUACGACGUAGUUCAGUGGUGGAAUGACGGGCGCGUUCUCGCUGGCGCUGCAGACCAAGUUCUGAGGAAUGCCAGAACCUCCAAAGCUAAUGGUGUCACGAAUUCCGACAGUCAAAAGCACCUAUGGACCUUUUUCAAGCUCGAUGCGGCUGACGACUCUUUUGACUCUACUGUUGACGCCAUGAUUGUCAACAUAACAAAGGUGCGCAACGCCAUUGACGAUGAGUCAGAGGGCGAAGAUGGAGACGACAAGCCGUGGAUCUUUUGUGACAGCACCUUUCAAGCUGAGAUGAAAUGGACUGCCAUAGCUUUGAUCGAAGGCACAGGCGCCGAGGAUUCGGAGAAAAGGCAGAUGAGGAAGGUCUAUCCAGAUAUAUACCAGGUCAACUACUUGGAUGUCAAGAAGAAGAGAGACAAGGCGUCCAAGACUGAAAGAGCGAAGAUGUCCCAGCCCUUUGUCCCGUUCUGGUGCGACGACUUGAAGGCCUUCCGCUAUGAUGAGCCGGGCGACUACUGUUCCAAAGGUCGUGGCAAGCAGAAGACCAACAUGGGCGCCACCGACGACAACAUGCAGCCAAACACGAUCACCUUUUGUCCCAAAAACUGGGGGAAUGCCGUUCGCUACCCAAACAUGUUUCAGUUUCCUGAUGUGACGGCAGAAGGCGUGUCGAUGGAGGAAUAUACUGUCGAGGCCUUGACGUUUCUCCACGAAAUGUUCCACUUUGCGUUGGAGAACGAGAACACGCCAGACACGGCAUAUUUACUGGGUGAGAUCGUUGGGUCUGAUGUCCUCGCGGAAGGCGCAGCUAUCACACAGGAGCAGGCAAUCGCAAAUCCCGAGUCAUGGACCUUGUUUGCACUGGCAUGCUACCUUGGGACCCGGUUCGUUCCCAGAUUAUACCUGGGCCAGCACCAAGUCCAAGCUUAG